AGUAACUCCAUAUUUGGUUCAAGGAAGAAGAAGAAGGAGCAAGAAAUCAUCCAAAAUUUUUAAAUCUUGAGUACAAAAACGCAGCGUCAACUUCAAGGAACUUACGGGAGAUAUCGUAGAGAAGAUUUGACGUUGGAAUAUUUAAAUUGAUAAGUUGAUUGUCGGAACCGUUGUUCACCGAAGUAUUUGAAAAUCCUGGACAGCAACUGUCCCUUGACUUCAGGUCCGAUUUACGCUAUCUUACAUCUGUUAACUCGAAAUACUUUCUUUGCGAAAGUUAUAGCCUUACAUCUUAGGAAUCCACAGAAUCAAACGGUUUGCAAUUCCGUGAAGAAACGAUGGAGAUAUGCCCAAAAUACAGCAGGCUGUCCAAUUGUGACGGAAAUGACAAAGUUGGUGAAUUUCGAUGUUGUUUUCACUACCGCUCGUCCAUGAGGUUUUGGCCGAUGAUUUCCAGGUUAUACGGAUUAGGGUGUUACAGUCUCUGCCAAUGUUUCCUCCGUGGAUGAACCCCACCAGGUAUCCUUGGGGCUUCGUCGUCGUCCAGGUCAUCGCAUUCCCGCCCGAUGUGCCUCUUCUCGGGAUUUCUUGCUUGCAUGGCCACUGCGACCAGCUCAGCACGUUUCCUCCAAGUUCUUCCUUCCGACGCCCCCCGCGACGGGGCUGCUCCGUCAUCCCACAGAGACGGCCCUCGGGCAAUAAGUCAUUGGAUCUCCUUCUAGAGGGUGAAGCAUUCCUUGAUGUUGUGCGUGUUGUUGCGAUGGUACUCGCAAUACUUGAUACCGCCAGACACCGCGUAGGUCUCCACGUGAGGGAGCGGAGAGAGGGCCAGCUCUCGACCCGUCCCCACGGGCGCCACUACGGAGUAUACUCUAGCCGAGGCCGUCCUAGGGCCCACAGUAUAGUCCUUUUUCUUCUUCCUCUUCUUUGCGAUCACUCCCGAGUCCACGACCUCGGAGUCGGGAGCGUCAUCGAACUCCUCCGAGGCCAAGAACUUAGCGCGCGCCAAGGUUUCCUGGUACGUGGGGGGGUGGAUUCUUGUGGAGCUCCUUCCUCACUUCUCCACGGGAAAGGGCUGCUUGGAACAUUGCCACCAAGGCUUGGUCAUCAGCCCCAUGCACGUCUCGGGCUUCCUUCUCCCACCGAACUAUAAAGUCACUGACCUUCUCUCCUUUGCGGAUGCAGAUGUUGAUGAGGUGGGAGUAGGGCAGCCUUUGCCUUCUGUUGGCCGCAAAGUGCGUCAGAAACUUCUCCGCCAGCGUGUCCCAGUCAUCAAUGGUCCCCUU